UGUGAAAAGCUUGUAUUCGGCAUGUUGGUCUGUCCUCUCUCCGUACUGCAGGGAAAGGCCUGCUGAUAAUUUGUCAUCUGCCACUGAUGCGCUCUUAUUUUCUCACACAACCCAGCCUUUUCUAAAGGAAAUAAUUUAUUCAUGCGAUAUGAUCAUUGAACUUCAUCAAGCCUAGAUGGAGAAGCUGGCUGAGGGGGGAAAAUACUAUCAUAACGAGGACGUUGGCGAAGGUGGGGAUAUUCCAGUUUUUAUUUGUUUAGUUUUUUAAUUUCUAAGUUGGAUUCUCAGAUUAAAUAGCUCUUAGGAGAAACUUACUUUGUUCUCUUUUUCCCUUUUUGCUUUUGCUUUUUUAAGACUGAUUUCUGGCGGAAGCAUCAAUGCCAUGUAUAUAGCCUGUUUAGAGUUCUCUGUUUCUUUUUUUCAUCGUGUUCUUUUCAGCCAGAGAGAAAAUAAACUGUUUGAUUAUAUUUCAAUUAUGAUUUUAGUUUAAGGUAACCUGUUUUUGUAAAUACUACGGACCAAUUUAGUUUUGUAUGUGUGUAUUAAUUUCACUUGUUCACUUUAUUUCAUUUUAUUCUAUAAACACGGUGUGGUACUUUACAUAAUACUGAAGUGUGGUGGAGAGAAAUGAAAAGGCUGCUCAUAGGUUUUCCCUGGUGCUGACGUCACAGGUUUCUUAAUAGGCAAUAGGCUGAGCUUUAAGAGGUGCGCUCAUUACGGCGUUUCUCUCACACUGAGAGCUCAUCAGAGGAAAAUGGAACACAAAUGACAAGGCUGAGCGCGCUGAUAGCAUUUCAUGGUUAUCUUUCUCUACUUUAGAUACCACUCAGGAUAUAUCGUGAAGCAGUGAGCAUCAUCCCUGAAGGCUAGGCUAUUAUUUUCUGUGCUUAUCCAUAAAAUCGCGCACUUCGGAUCAUGUUGAUGGGCCCGCUAUGAUCUCCAGUCUAUAAGUGUGUUUCAGAAAUGCCGUUUUUUCAACAGUAUACCUGCUGUUUGGAGCUGCUGGCCCUAUGUGGAUUGUUGUCCUGUGGAACAAAAGAGCGACAUUUUACCCCACGGAUGGUGAUGUAAUUGUUCAGAUUAAUUUGGAUACGGUUGGGUUUCCUGGAUCUUACCCAAGAAAGUCAGGAGCGUGGAGACUGGGACGUUGGAGCAACAAAAUAUAUCCCACACACUGGGCUGGGAAUAACUCCAGACAAUGCUUCACUGUGCCAGCUGUGAAAAGCCUAUUCUUGAUAGGUUCUUGCUCAAAGUUUUGGACAGACCGUGGCACAUCAAAUGUGUCCAGUGCUGCGAAUGCAAAUGCACUUUGACAGAGAAGUGUUUUUCACGAGAAGGGAAACUAUACUGUAAAAAUGACUUUUUCAGGAGAUUUGGCACCAAGUGUGACGGUUGCGCCCAAGGGAUUUUACCCAGUGAUCUGGUCCGCAGGGCCAAGAGCAAAGUGUUUCACCUGAACUGUUUCACCUGCAUGAUGUGUAACAAACAGCUGUCCACCGGAGAGGAACUGUACAUCUUGGACGAAUUCAAAUUUGUCUGUAAAGAGGACUAUCAAAACAACAACGGGAAAGACACAAUCCUUCUUUCAGUAACGUCGUGCAGCGACCCAAGUCUGUCUCCCGACUCCCAGGACCCGCAGGAGGACGGGAAGGACUCAGAAACAGGACAUUUAUCUGAUAAAGACGUUGGCAACAAUGAGAACGACGAGCAGAGUGCCGUCGGGAAACGACGCGGGCCUCGAACCACCAUAAAAGCCAAACAGCUCGAGACCCUGAAAGCUGCGUUCGCCGCCACGCCAAAACCCACGAGACACAUCAGGGAGCAGCUGUCACGGGAAACCGGCCUCAGCAUGAGAGUCAUCCAGGUUUGGUUCCAAAAUCGGAGGUCCAAAGAGAGACGCAUGAAGCAGCUGAGCACUUUGGGCGGUCGGAGACACGUCUUUUUUCGCGGACAGAGGAGGAUGAGAGCGCUGGGAGACAGACUGGAACCAGAGGAGCUCGGACACUUCUCUUAUUACGGAGAUUAUCCUGGUGAAUACUAUGGCUCAGGAGGGAAUUAUGAGUACUACCAAGGCCCGCCAUCCUCCCAGGCUCAGACGCCAGCAGACUUGGGCUUUGUGCCCUCCUCUGUCCCUGCUGGCACCCCCUUAGGAGUCACAGACCACCACCAUCCAGGGCACCACUGUGCUGGAGAGCUGCAGUGUUUCUCUGACACAGUAUCUCGUCAUCCUGCAGACUCACCCAGUCCAGAACCCCAUAUACCAGGCUCAGUGCACAGCAUCUCCAGUGAGAUGUGUGGCCCCGGCACACCCUACACCACCGUGUCUCUCAGUGACAACGGAUACACAAACCAGCUGUCACAACCCUCAUCAGAAAUGAGUGAAGGCACUGUCUGGUAAUCCAGCCCACACUUGGACUUUGAAGGCAAAUCAGUGUUUUUUUUUUUUGUUAUUUAUUUAAUGUACAUUUAUUUAUUUAUUUAUUUAUUAGUCUAUUUGCUUACGUUUCUGUUAAACUCUAUUUAACUAUUUAUAAAUCUCUAUAUUUAUAUGUUGGUGUAAUUGUUUAUUGACUAGCCAAUCAAUAGUAUUUUAAAUGGUCCAUGUGAAUUAGACUCAUUAACACAUUUACAAUGCUGCGGCUCACCGAUCAAGCAAUAAACAGACACAUUUAUAA